AUGAGUAAUUCAUUCUCUUCUUCUUCUUCUUCUCGUAAUUCAACGUCUUCUACUUUUCAUUCUAAUUUUCUUCAUCUCAUAAUUCAUCCUCUUCUACGCUCGCUUCUCUUUCUCUUCUUCUUCUUCUUCUUCUUCUUCUUCUUCUUCUUCUUCUUCUUCUUCAUCUUUAACUAUUUAUCCUCCUCUACUUUCUCUUCUUCUUCUUCUUCUUUUUCUUCUUCUUCUUCUUCUUCUUUUAAUUCAUCCGUUUCUACUCUCCCUCCUCCUUUUCCUUCUUCUUAUUCGUUCUCUUGUAAUUCAUCCUCUUCUACUCCCUUUGUUUUUCUUCUUCUUUUUCUUCUUCUACUCGUAAUUCAUACUCUUCCACUGUCACUUCUUCUUCUUCUUCUUCUUCUUUUCGUAAUUCAUCCUCCCUACUUUCCCUUCUCCUUCCCCUUUUGCUUCUACUUCUUCAUCUCACAAAUCAUCCUCUUCUAUUAUCCCUUCAUCAUCAUCAACAUCAUCAUCUCUUUCCCUCUCUCUCUCUCUCUCUCUCUCUCCUUCCUCUCUUUCUCUCUCUAA